AGAUCACAAUGCGGCUACCAAAAAUUUAAUUAGUAAAUUUGAGGAUUUUCUCUAGUGACUUCAUCGAUUUGGAUCCUGAUUCCUGAUCCCGGCUUUCGCUCGAUAGAAAAAAAAAACACGAACAUAGGUCUAAAAAAAUUGAUGCACAAAACCUAAAAAUAUUAUAAUUACUUCUAAUUUCUUCUGUUUUAAUUCCAGCUGCGAUCCUGCCGUUACGUGCACUUCAGCUCGUUUGUGAUGCGCGUCCCGCGGCCGCUGCUGGAAACCAUCGCGAGCGCGGACUUCUGGCCGAAGGGUGCGAUAUUUCGGAAGGGUGUGGGUCUGCCGAAUCCCACACCGGAACAGGGGGCACAACAGAAAACUGCGUCACCAAAAUGAUUUUAAGAUUUUUAACAGGUUUUAAUGAUUCACGGUUGGUUCACUACACUAAUAUUAUCAAGGUUCAUAUCCCGGUCGAUUUAAGUUUAAGAUUUUUAUUAUUAUAUGUAUGUUAGUUUUUAAGAUCUGUAUCUAUGGGACUUUGUUGACUGGAAAUAAAUAUUUUUUUAAUGUCAUUUUUUUUUUGGGAAGUCAUCGAUUACAUUUUAUUGUUAAAACUUGCAACAAAUUAAAAUUCAAAGCACGAUUUCCGCGAUCUUGAGCACGCACAUCCAACAUCCAUCUUGCUCAGGCUUAAGCUCAGUGAGAGUGAGAGAAGAACAUGAAUCUACGGGACCUUAAAGAGCUAUAAUUACGAGAAAUUGACGCAUAUGCCCCAACCUUGACCUAUCCUUGUUUUAAUUGGUUUUUAAUCACUUAGAUUCACGCGACCCUAAUACUUAAAAUAUAGUAGUUGAAUAAGGAUUUAAGUGUUUAUUUAUUAAUUUCUAUGAGUUUAAAUCCCUUCAAACCUUGAUUUACGAAACGUCAUGCCACACCGAUCCAGUAUAACCUUGCUAAGCAAUCCUUGGUAUUAUGCAAGCCUAUAACCAUGAACAUCUAGUCAAAAUAUUGAGUAUCUCCAUCUUUGUCGUUCUAAUAUGCAAGAGUGAGAGUCAAAUAGACGAAACUUCGGUUUUCGAUUAGCACCUUGUUUCAAGUACUGCAGUUUCGUUGUAAGCUAUAGGUCAAAAUGAUCACUAAUAUUGGUAUUAUUUUUAUUUUAUUAUAAGUAUUGAGGGAUCUUUUAGGUGACCACAGUAUGUAGGUAUCCUAAGUAAGUAUGUUUGUUAAGAAACUUAUAGUUCAAAAAAGUGACUAAAUGCACCAAUAGGCACAAUGCUUAUCGGUUGAAGACGAAGUAGCAAGUUAAAGUUGACAGAUGUGACAAGCGUUUUAGCUACCGGAAUACCAGGAUUUUAAACUAUUAUCUUGUGUCCAUUUACUAUCAGAGACCCGGUAUGUCCGUCUUAUCGCACACCGAGAAACCUGCCAUGUACAGACACGACACACUAACGAACAAAGUCAUUACCAAAUUAACGACAUUCAGGUGAACAAAAAAGCAUUUUGUAAACAAGCCUCAGUCAACACGGUCGUUUAAGUACUUUCCUACUUUAUUAUGUUUUGAUAUCAUUAUUUUUCUCGUAAGAGUGCUAAGUGUUCCUGAUUGAGUGUUAUAAUAAUGUCAACAUCUACCCCGUCGCCUCCGAGCCUGCAGUCGGAUGACGAAUUAGAGGAUUCUAGAGAUUCAACGCUGUCUCAAUUCUCUACGGCAGCGACCUCAAGUCACAUGUUGAUGUCUUCACAGAAACGUGAAACGAAAAACAAUGUCGUGACGUCUCAUGGUGUUGAAGACAUUUUAUCAGAAUGUGGACCCUAUCCUGGCACCGACAACACGUUUCCAGAUUGCAAGGUGGAGGUCCUUUCCUCAAUACCCCAUUCAUUCGUGCAAGACUAUAACUCAAGAGACUCAACAAGCUUCAGCAUUCAAGAUAUACUUGGACUUCCACAGGCCUACAACCCAACGAAUACUCAGGACGACAUUGAACCUAGAUAUGACUACCAAAUACCUAACUAUGAAAACAUUAGUAACAGCCCCAAUAAUACCUAUGCGCCAGGAACAGAGGACACGGCACAAGAGGACUGUAUAGAAAAAUCAGGUCACAUAUUUAAUCCAAAUAGCCAUGACGACAACCAAAUUAUAUACAAUAGAAGUUUUGCAACUAAUGAACCUGUUCGGUGUCACCAGAGAAGCAGUUUAGGCAACGAGUUAGCAAACGAUCCAGGCAGAGAAAUCAAUGAUUUACGUGAUUCCAGUUUCACAACUCAGAAUACAUCGUGGAACAACAAAUCUUCAGCGGCAAGCAUAUCUAUAGCCACUGCAUCUUCGCUUUCGGAAAACGAAAUGUCUACGGAAUCAUCAUCGUACCAGAAAGGGUUUACGAAGCGUGCUCGAACUGCCUACACAAGCUCACAACUAGUGGAAUUAGAGAAUGAAUUCCAUCAGAACCGAUACCUGUGCCGACCGAGACGCAUUGAGCUGGCUAACUAUCUACAGCUGUCAGAACGCCAAAUAAAGAUAUGGUUCCAGAAUAGGAGGAUGAAAUAUAAGAAGGAUAACAAACACAACAAGCCUUCCUCAUCUGUCGAUGACAGCAGUCCCUCAACGAGUUCCAAAGGUUUAUCACCAAAUCAAGAUCAUAAGAUGAGUCAUGGGCGAAGCUGCGGCGGACACGAUCGACAUCGACGUCUACUCACGGACAGCCACGUAUCCCACCAUAAAAUAUGCUUGACUCCGAAUGAUGCCAUAUCAAGACCACCGGAAUACCCGUCGAUAAACACGUUGAAGUCCGUGAUAAAGGGCCCGCAGAGCUCCAGCGAGCUACCGUCUUAUACACCUUUAUCUUAUACUUCGUACUACGCUGCAAACGCCAGCAAGGCUUACUCACCGCUGCCGGACGUUUAUCGGUACUCGAACGAUGAAUCACUUCAGAAUUCGAAUGCCUUGUCCACGCUACCUGCCGAUACCUAUGUUCCGAACGGCGUGAGCUUAAAACUAAACGAUGAUAUCUCGAGAUACACGGCAACGUCAUCGUAUUACAAUCCUUUAUCAUCUGGCGUCGUUAUGCAUCCGCCGACCUCUGAGUCUUAUGGGUUCAGUUCUUCGAUCCCGGCUACGAUUCCAGCACCGACAUAUGAAGAUAGCAACCUCCACACUCGGUCUUCCCUGCCCCUGCCACAGGACCCUUACUAUUCUUACUUGAUCUCGUCAGAUUCGGCCAAUCAGCAUCCUUCUGCUUCUAACAGCAAAUAUUCGUCUUACAUAUCGCUAUAAUUAUCUUUAAUGGGGACAUAGGUAAUGAUCUACUUAAAUAUUACAUAAGCCUGACAGUUUCUAUGGUAAUUAAAAACUAUUAUUUGUAUAAAUCAUCAAUUCCUAUAUUUGUUGUUGAUAAUAUUUUUAUACGUUAGUAAUUCCGUUAAUAGUUUAAUUGUUAAAAAGUUUCCUUAUAAACAGUUAGAAUUGUUGUGUAUUUUGUAAAUAAAAUACUAUAUUUUUGUACGAUAAGUAUUGAAAAGACAAUAAAUAAAACUGUAAAUAAAUACCUAUGAUAUAUAAAAUCUUUUUAUUUUACAUUAUUAGUUAUAUUCAUGCUUGUAGCAAAUUGCGAUUAUAGCACCUUAAUUACUGAGUGAGCCUAGGUCCAAACAAAUCUUUAAUUUUAAAAUGAAUACAGUAAUUAAUACACAUAUGUAGAUUACAAUAUAAUGAAUAUGUUGCAUGUAUACUUACUUGCAUUGUUGAGUAACAAACCUAUAUAGGUACUAGGAAAUGUAUUUUCUGUAGUAGGUAUAAUGAUAAAAAUAAUUAUAUUCGCAAACCUCAAUAUCAUUUUUAAAGACCUAUCCAUAGAUACCCCACACGUAUGGGUUUGAUGAAAAAAGAUUUUUUGAGUUUCAGUUCUAAGUAUGGGGAACCCCCAAAAUUUAUUGUUUUUUUUUUCUAUUUUUGUGUAAACAUCCUAAUGCGGUUCAUAGAAUACAUCUACUUACCAAGUUUGAACAGUAUAGCUCUUAUAGUUUCGGAAAAAAGUGGCUGUGACAUAAUCGGACAGACAGACGGACAUGACGAAUCUAUAAGGGUUCCGUUUUUUUGCCAUUUGGCUACGGAACCCUAAAAAGUACCAUACGGUCGGGAAAUUGAUUCUUUAGCAAAUUACGGUUCACUUUACACUGUACAACUGUAGCAUAAGUAUGUAAAACCAAAUUUACAUGAACCACAAAUUGCUAAAGAAUAAAGUUCCUCGACCGUAUAUUAAAUAAAAACAACAGAAAAAUUUGCAACUCUUUAUCAAUAAUACUGCAGCUGCUUAGGUACCGUUUUUAGAGUUAAUAAUUUCUGACAACAUUUUUAAGUU